CUCCGUCCACUUGGGGCCACAGUUGCCCGUCUGAACCUGCUGACUCUGCACUAGAAGAAAUUCCACCGCACCCGGAAGCGCUCUCCGUUCGGCUGCUAUUCUGCUAUUCAUUCAGGCUGCAGCGAUUUCAUUCAGCCGUUGUUGAUCUCUCCGCUUGUGUCGGGCGCCUCAUUUACUUCUCCGUGGACAGAUUGAAGGAGAGCGAGCAUGGCUGGUCGGCUACCGGCUUGUGUUGUUGACUGCGGUACGGGGUACACGAAGCUCGGAUAUGCAGGAAACACAGAGCCACAGUUCAUCAUGCCUUCAUGUAUUGCGAUCAAAGAAUCGGCCAAGGUCGGAGACCAGGCCCAGCGCAGGAUGAUGAAGGGAGUCGAUGAUUUGGAUUUUUUCAUCGGGGACGAAGCCAUCGAUAAACCGUCGUAUGCAACAAAGUGGCCCAUCCGUCACGGGAUUGUGGAAGACUGGGACCUGAUGGAAAGGUUUAUGGAGCAGAUCAUCUUCAAGUAUCUGCGGGCAGAACCUGAAGAUCAUUACUUCCUUUUGACAGAACCUCCCCUCAACACACCAGAAAACAGAGAGUACACAGCAGAGAUCAUGUUCGAGUCCUUCAAUGUCCCCGGCCUCUACAUUGCUGUUCAGGCUGUCCUGGCGCUGGCUGCCUCCUGGACAUCCAGACAGGUGGGAGAACGAACGCUGACGGGGACGGUGAUCGACAGCGGAGACGGGGUCACGCACGUCAUCCCGGUGGCUGAAGGCUACGUCAUCGGCAGCUGCAUCAAGCACAUCCCCAUCGCCGGUCGAGACAUCACAUACUUCAUCCAGCAGCUCCUGAGGGAACGAGAGGUGGGGAUUCCUCCAGAGCAGUCUCUGGAGACGGCUAAAGCUGUCAAGGAGCGGUUCAGCUAUGUGUGCCCUGACCUUGUUAAAGAGUUUAACAAGUACGACACAGACGGCAGCAAAUGGAUCAAACAGUACACGGGCGUCAACGCCAUCACCAAGAAGGAGUUCACCAUCGACGUUGGGUACGAGCGCUUCCUCGGCCCUGAGAUCUUUUUCCACCCUGAGUUUGCCAACCCAGACUUCACCCAGCCCAUCUCAGAAGUGGUGGAUGAAGUCAUCCAGAACUGUCCCAUCGACGUCAGGCGUCCUCUCUACAAGAAUGUCGUGCUCUCUGGAGGCUCCACCAUGUUCAGGGACUUUGGCAGACGCCUGCAGAGGGACCUGAAGAGGACUGUGGAUGCACGACUGAAAAUAAGCGAAGAGCUGAGCGGUGGGAAGUUGAAGCCCAAACCCAUCGAUGUGCAAGUCAUCACCCAUCACAUGCAGAGGUACGCUGUCUGGUUCGGAGGAUCAAUGCUGGCAUCUACUCCCGAGUUCUACCAAGUGUGCCACACCAAGAAAGACUACGAGGAGAUCGGGCCAAGCAUCUGCCGCCACAACCCCGUCUUUGGAGUCAUGUCUUAGGCGAUGGAGAGAAAGAAUGCAUUCAGGGGAGGCCAAGAAGAGGAAAAACAAAAAACGGACGAUGCAAGACCUCACGUGCUGUGCAAGUCCCUCCAGCCUUUGCACGGAUGCUCCGACAGAUUAUUUGUAUAGAGCUACAGUGGACCAAACAAACUGCCAGAAGAGUGGCAGCAUCCUCACAAAUUAGAGGAAAGAGGUGACUCAGCCCAAAGGAUCCUCAGAUAAAAUGUUUACUGCAAGUAGGCUGAUGAUGAUGAUAAUAAUAAUAAUGAUGAUGAUGAUAGGUGAUAAAUCUUUAAUUUCUGCGUGCCUCAUAUAUGUACUUACUCUAUCCUCACAGGAUUGUAAAAUGUAAUUAAUCAACAUGAGUCCUGUAUAAAUGCAAUUCUGUGUAUAUGGGUUGGGUUGUGGUAUGUGUUCUGUACUCUAAAAACUGAAAGUGUAACGGUUGUUUUAAGAAACACAUCAUGCUUUGCUACGCGAUUACUCAAAAGCUUGGAGUCACUUUGAAAUUUUCUUGUUUUUGAAAGAAUAUUAGAUUUUUUAAAAUCUCAUGUAACAUGAAGUGGAUCAGAAAUGUAUAAAUAACUCUGUAGGCAUACUUGGGUCCAUUUUCUGUAACCAUCACUCCUCUUUUAGUGGCAUAUAGUGUUCCCCAGUUCAAAUUUCGCAUGUUAAAAGGCCGCUAAUUAUGCUAGCCUGACUGAAAACUGUCCCGCUGAUUUAAAAAGCCAUGCGUUUAGUUUUAUCGAUGUCUGGGGCAUCAUCGUUUGGGGUCAGUUAAAGUGGAAACAAACAAGGCCUAAAGUGUUCUCGUUCUAAGAACUGAAGAUUUCAGUCUGUGGUGUGUACCAAUCCUUUCUUCGAAAAGCCGAAUCUGGCUUCAGCCACCGGUGCUGAAGUGAAUGCAUAACUGACCGGAAAUAAGUGCAUCUUAGGGCUGAGAGUCUCACAGCUUCUCAGGUGGCAGCAUCUUUAAAUGGUACCUGUAAGAGUAACACUGUUCCAGUUUGUAAAGGGAUAGUACACACUGUUGUAUGACAGUUUUAAUUUUUCUGCAGUUUUCAUACAGAGAAAAGACGAAUGGUUCAGAUUCAUUGCCUCUUUAAUCAGCACAGCUUUCAGCUUCGCUAUCAUUAUUGGAAAAGUUUUUAUAAGUCAACCUUUUAACAAGAACAAAAUGUUCUGCUGGGUGAUAAAGGAGCGAUGCUUGCUGAAAACGAGACCCUGCAUGAGCCUACAUCGAUAUUUUAAUAAUUCGAGGAGCCUCUGUAUGUGCAUGUGCUCUUGGCUUGUGUCAGCAACUGUUCAUCUGAUCCACUUGUUAUUUGGCGGGCGUAUUGCUGGGCUCCCAAAUACGUGCAGUAUAAAGUGCAAUGAAAUAAUCUGGAUGGGCGUUCCUCGUGAGGACAAAGUCACUGCUCUCACUAACUGUGAGGAAUCAGGGAACAUCUGUAAAUGGUAGCUACUCACAUAGCACGCACUGCCCUGCUUCCAUUUAAAUUUAUUAAUAAUUUGUGAUGAAACAAUUAAAUCUCAGAGCUUCUCUUUCAAGGACAGCUUUUUUUCCAAGUGACCCCAAAGGCAGCCUUUCUGUGCAGCAGCUUUAUGAUAAUGAAAUUGGUGCAAGCAUUAAAAAAAAAGAAGGAAAAAAAUAGAAAUCACCAAAACAAACUGACCAUUCCCAUUUCCUUUGUUUUUUUUAAGUACCCUCAGUACCUGGAAGAAAUAUUUAUUUGAAUUUACAUGAAAUUAUUUGCUCGUGUUUGUUUCUUCCUGGUUCCUCCUGCAGCAUUAUGACAAAUCACCACCGCUUUGCUCUUUUUUUUUAAAUCCCCCCCCCCCCCAUUUGUAUGAAUCAUCUCUUGAACAACCCGUCUUUGAAGGAAAAACAAAUCGUAUUAAUAUAUGAACAUGCAGUUUGAAUGACUUGUUGGACUGUCACUGUUGCCUAGAUCUCAGUUAUACUGGAUAGCCUUGUACUGUACCAAAUCUGGAUUUCAAUGCUGGCAUUCCAAUAAACGCCAAGGAGAUGUUUCUUCACGUGUUGA